CCGACUCAAACAGAUAUGGUUCUCUUCAGGACACUUCUCGACGAACCUGCAAUGGCCGUGACAGAAGCCUGCCAUGAGGUCGUCGGGCGCCGGCUACAGCAGACGGGUAUGGUUAAUUGACCCUCCAGGUGCAAGCUGGUAGUCGCAUGGAGCCCUGUGUGGACAGUGAAUUGUAGCGGCGGCCUUUGAGAACCUAGCCGUGUAUAUGAUUUAACCUCAACCUUUAAGAAACGACUCUUUGUAUUCCCAGCAGUCAAGCUGAACCACUGCAACCCAAGCAAUGAUGUCUCGGGUAUAGACACUGCGACACUGACAGCCCGUCUACUUUUAAUCUCGGACGCGUUCAACGCGUCGACAGUCGGAAAUGACCUCAUCGACAUCAGCGCAAGAACCACCACUUGAUAUUGGAAUCGAUCUUCAAGAUCAUAAUGCCGGCACCUGGCUCUCUCCGCCUGCUUCACCGUUCUCCGAUGCAGAACUGCCUGUCAUUUGUACCGAUGACUUGGGCAUGAUCGCGGACGAUGAGGCUUUUGCUGGAACAGACUUCAAUCGGUCGCCUGCUGCAGCGGGAGGAAAGGCGGAUGAUGGAAACAAGAGAAAGUCUACAACGACGCGACGAAAAAUCACCUAUGGUUCGAAGCAUUUCGUUAAGCAAGAUCUGAAGGACGAGGCUGGUGUUUCUUCAUCGCCAGCGCGGAAUCGGCGGAGGGCAAAUCCUGCUCAACAGGGUAUCCGACGAAGGAGCAAAAGGUCCGCAAAGGGGGAAGAGGGCUAUGGAGAGGAUGAUGGAAAAGAAGCAGAAGGACAAGGCAAUCAUGCGCAUACCAAGCGACCAGUACGGCAGCAGCAACACGAUGUUGAUCAAGCAGCUACGCCUACAAAUCUCGCCACACCACCCGUCACGCCAGCUCGUUCUCUUCCGCGGAUCUAUUACGGACUAAACGUCGACGACCUCUCUUCGGACUCCAGCCUUACGGAUGUCCCUGACGACAUCGGGCCAGACCCAUUUUCUGCAGAAGACGAUUCUGAUCAGACAGCACCCUCGACAGUCCAAGCAGUCAAAGUCUCGCGCAACAAAAAUCUCUCGCGCCGGCCAACUAAAUCGCCAUACUUUCCACACCCGCAUAAACACAGGCCGACGUUCCUCUCGACAUUACCCUUCCCACCAUUGUCUCACGACACCUUUGGUCUAAUGCAAGAACGGCUGUCCCAUGACCCGUUCCGUCUACUUAUCGCCACGAUCUUCUUGAACAAAACUCCCGGCGAGCGCGCCAUGCCCGUCUUCUACCAGCUGAUGACCAAGUACCCGACUCCCAAGGCUCUUGCAGAAGCAACCGUGGCCGACAUUACUCCAAUCAUUUACGGCCUUGGCUUUCAAAACCAGCGAGCGAGGAAAUGCGUGGCCAUGGCCAAGGCGUGGCUUGCGAACCCACCGCAGCGUGGCAAGCGGUAUAGAAAACUCAACUACCCACGCAAAGGCGACGGCAAAGAUGUACGGGAAGAUGAAGUGCUCGACGACGAUGAACAUGACCAACGUGUGGCAUGGGAGAUUUCCCAUUUACCUGGCCUGGGUCCAUAUUCGCAUGACAGCUGGCGCAUCUUUUGCCGAGACGAACUGAGGGGCGUCCAAGCGAAAAAGCAAGACCAAGACAUAGGCAGAGACGCACAAAAAUCAAGUCAAGUGCUAGCUAAGGCUGAACGGGUGGACAAGGAAGACGGCCAGGCUGGUGCUAAUCCAGAUCCAGCCUCUGCCGUGAGUGGGACAGCGGAGAAAGCGACGACUCGCAGUGCCGAAACCGGAGCUGAAGAUGCUGUUGGAGGUAAAGAUGUACAUGAGGGUUCAAUUGAAGAUGCAGCUUCAGAUGCACCUUUCGAGCCUGAAUGGAAACGAGUCGUGCCCCUCGACAAAGAACUCCGCGCAUACCUCACGUGGAUGUGGUUGAAAGAAGGAUGGGUCUGGAACAAGGAAACCGGGCAACGAACCAAGGCCCCAGAAGAGCUGCUUGCCAAAGCACGUGGCGGAGGCGUCAUCGUCGAAGAGAGGGACUCGCACCAUUUGGCAGUGAAAAAGGUCGAUCUUGCCGAGGUGAGUGACCUGCAGAACGAGCGUCAAGUUGAGAGGACUGCUGGUGAUUAUCUCCCGGCGAACCUGAACAUUCAAGCAACAACUUGAAGGGUGAAAAAGGUGAGCGUCUAAAAUGAGAACUGGAUGACGCUUCCUAUACCAUCAAGCCGCCGGCCAGCCCGCCAAUAUUGUUUGCCUCGGCUGGAAAUGGGGGAUUCAAGUGCUGGUAUGGGAUCAACCGUUCAUGUUUUGAUCCAGCGUGGAGUCGUGAAGCAGGCUCGGGGACGAUCACCUCACCCUGGCAAGGGUACAAUAGGUCAGGGAUUUUGGCCCCAGAGCAGGGAAACAAUUUAACUAGGAGGUGGUAUGACCGUAUGGCCUUGGCCACGCUUGAUGAAGAUGCGAGCAAUUGACCCUGGCUUGUGUACAACCACACUGCCACUGUACAGUUGUGUACAUGAUCUGUAUUAGCGUGUUUCUAUAUGGUUCUUUGGGUAGUACUGUAAAUAGAAGUCGGACGGUGCGGACGAGAGUCAUCAACAGGAGGUGAUAUUGGGGGUGGUCUGUUUGGAAUCUGUUGAAAUGCAGUACUACUACUGUAUACUGAUAGUAGUAUCCCUGAAAGACCACUCACUCCGGGAGACCAUAUGGCAGACAGACUACAUUAUACAGCGUAAGAUGAGACACGAGAUACCUUAUUGUCGUAGACACUGGCGUUGAAAUUGGUCCCCGAAUGCUGAUCCUGCAGUGGGUCUGGAGUCGAUUGAGCCGGGACGGGAUAGGACCCAAGCAUCAGGUACUGUAACACCUACCUACCAGGUAGGUGCUCUACAUACAAUAUCGCACAGCACAACUAACGGCGCCAAACUCCAGGAUGGAAUGCAAC